AUGAAGGCCGCUGGGCUCGUUAUGUUGCUUCUGAGUCUUCAUCACGUGUGCUCCUCCUCUGCUCAGGAGUGUGCGUCCACUCACAACCUGCUGACCUCGCUGCAACAGGUGGAGAAGAUGCUGGCAGUCCAUGAGGCGUCGUACCAGCAGGGCCUCCGCUCCCUCAGGAAAAAGAUUAGCGCCCUGCACAACAGCACCAUCGCCAUCUUUAAGACCACCAGGAAUGUAUCCUGCCCAAAACCAGAGCCCCCCUCUCACGGCCGCAGACUGGGCAGGGUGUUUGGCGUUGGACACGAGGUUCACUUUAUGUGCAAACCCGGCUAUGAGCUGAUCGGCCCGAGGACCCGGGUUUGUCUGGAGUCUCUGAAGUGGAGCGGCCAACAGCCAAAGUGCAGAAGUGAGUCAAGCGAUCAGCUAAAUGAACAACUCCCUCCUAAAGUCAUCUUUCUCUUUUUCUUCUUAGGUUUCAACAGCACCGCUAACUCCCUGGCCUCUUUCUCUCCUGCUGCUCCCUCCUCCUCCUCCUCCUCCUCCUCCUCAUCUACCUCGUCAUCCUCGUCAUCCCUCCCUGUCUCUGCUGCUCUGUCAGGGUCCUCGUCCACCUCUUCUUCCCACUCAGCAAUUCUAGCCUCUAUUCUCUCCUCCUCAUCACCCACAUCUUCCUCUCCCUCCUCUUCUAUCCGACCGUCUCACUGUACCCACUUCCUGGGCUCCACCCGCUGCACCUGUGAUGUGGGUUUCACCAUAUCAGGCCGCGACAACAACAUCUGCACAGACAUCGACGAGUGUCGUCUGUUUCCUCUCGGUCAGCCCGGCCGGCUCUGCGUCCAUCAGUGUGUGAACACUCCUGGCAGCUUCCACUGCUUCUGUCCAGCAGGAUAUGACCUCGCCGCUGAUGGCCGUAGCUGCAGAGACAUCGACGAGUGUGAAAACCACAUUCACAACUGCACAGGGAACCAGUUAUGUGUGAACACAUACGGGGGGUUCCAAUGCGUGACGGUGGAGUGUCCUCACAUGAAAAAUGCCACGUACAUCAAGACGUCACCAAUGCGCUGUGAGAGGAACCCAUGCAUGCUGGGAGACAAGGCUUGCACUCAGGCGCCAAACUCAAUCUCUUUCCAUUUCCUCUCUGUGGGGUCCAACAUAUCCGCCCCUCGGGUCCUCUUCCGGGUUUCGGCGGCACGCGUGCUGGGCGACACUCUGCGUUUCGGCCUGGCAGGCGGCCGUGGACGGGGCCACUUCAGCGUGCAGCGCUCAGGCCGACAGACAGGCACCCUCCUCCUGGUGACGCCAAUAAAGGGUCCUGCCACUUUGGAGGCUGAGGUGGAGAUGAGCGAGCUGGAGCGCAACGCCCUGCUGGGCCGCUACCUCACAAAGGUCACGCUGUUUGUUUCUCCGUACGAGUUCUAA